CAACACCUCUUUGAAUUGACGUUUCGUAGCAGUUUUGUUGUGUGUUGGGUGUAUAUGUUGUUGUUGUUGACACAUUCCCCUUUAUAUUUGCAUUAUAUUUACUUUAAUUGGUGCAAUUCGUGAUGUCAAGAACAGCCACCAAUGGCCCUUCUGCUCUAGAAAAUAUCAGUCUUGAGCAAGAUAUGAAAGAAGUAUUAAAUAAUAGUCCGACUAUGAAUGAAAGCCCAGAUGCUGUUCAUUCUGGAUCUCCAUCUCAUAUGGCCUCUUUUCGUUCCAAUAAUAUACCUAUGCAGCGUUCUGCUAUUCCCCCGUCUUCACUUCCCACCACAGCUUCAUGGCAACCAAAUGCUCCCGCAAGCACCUCUGUUCCAUUAAGUAGCCCAAGUCCUGUUCUAAAUGGAGAUGAAAGCAAAGCAAGAGUAGCAAAGCCAGCUCAUUCAAAAAUUGAUUCUAUUAAACAGUGGAGUAUUUCUACAUACAAAUGUACCCGGCAGAUUUUGUCAGAAAAAUUGGGAAAGGGAACAAGAACUGUUGAUGCUGAAAUGGAAGCACAGAUCGAAUUACUGAGAGACACACAGGCAAAGUACUGUAAUAUUCUGAGACUUGCACGUGCUCUUACUAGUCAUUUCUAUCACGUUGUUCAGACCCAGCAUGCAUUAGGAGAGGCCUUUUCAGAGUUGGCACAUAAAUCACCUGAGUUGCAAGAAGAGUUUUCAUACAAUGCUGAUACUCAAAGAAGUUUAAGCAAAAAUGGUGAAACUCUUCUUGGUGCUCUGAAUUUUUUUGUUUCUAGCCUGAACACUCUGUGUAACAAAACAAUGGAUGACACUCUUCUUACUGUGAAGCAGUAUGAAAAUGCUAGGUUAGAAUAUGAUGCUUAUAGAAAUGAUCUAGAAGAGUUGAUGCAGAAUAAUCAAGGAAAUGUUAUGUCAUCAAAAGUUGAAGAAGCACGAAGAAAUUUUACAGCUCAUAAGGAAAAAUACGAGAAACUUCGAGCUGAUGUUGCGAUUAAAAUGCGAUUUCUAGACGAAAACAAGGUAAAAGUUAUGCAUAAACAACUAUUGCUUUUCCACAAUGCUGUCUCUGCUUAUUUUUCUGGAAAUCAAACAAUGUUAGAAGCAACCUUAAAACAAUUUAAUAUUAAACUGAAGAGUCCAAAUGCUAAUUCGCCAUCAUGGUUGGAACAGUAAAUGAUGGGAAAAAAAUCUAUUGUUCAAACUGCAUUUUAUUUAUGAAAUAAUUGUAAUAGAAAAUUGUAUUAUGUUUCAUACAUAGACAAGUCUGAUUAGAGCAUAAAGCACCUGAAAAGUUAUUUUGUGCUCGUACACAGGCUUGAAUAAUGUGCCUCCUGAGAAGCAUACCAGAUACCUCCAAAAGGCAUUGCACUCUUAUUGAGCAAAUAUAAAACUGUAUUCAUUUAUUUCUCUUAUUUUUAUAUACAACUGAUUUUCUCUGUGUUUUCAGUGCUAUUUGGAAAUGAAAGUCGUCAACAUUACUAUUCUCUGCUACAGUGCCUUUUAUUUUUUAAGUAGUAAUGCUUCUCUAUUUUGUUGUUUAAUUUUAAUGUCUACUUCAGACUCGACAAGAAUAUUUUUGUUUUUUAGCAUUUAGUAUUACAUAAAAAUAUUUCUAUUUUGAGUUUUUUUUAUAAAUAAAAAUGCUGUGUAAUAGAAAAUUUUGUAUAAAAUAGUUAUUAUUAACAGUUUAAUUGUUCCAUUGACUGGAUGUAACAAUGUUGCCUAUAUUAUUUCGAGAUUUUUUUUCUAAUUUAAACAUCAUGAAAAGAUAUAAAUCAGCCACUACAUUGUUAUGCAAUUGUAUCAACAAACCAUUGCAUUAUACACAUUGUAAACAUAUCUUGGCUUCUUUCUUAAACAUGAGAUCUUAGUUUUAGGUAAAAAGCAUGUAAAUGUUUCCUUUUUUUAUAUACAUAUAUAAAAGACUGAUUCUUUGUAGAUUAUUGAUGCAUAUGAAUUAUAUUGUGUUGUACGAAAACUGCAUUGAUUGCUGUAAACAUUAAAUACAAAAUAAUUUCAUCACUUUCAUGUUUGUUAUAUGGUCUGGAUGGUAUUCCUAUGCAUGGUUCAUUGAUAUUCCCGUGAUAUAUUUUGUUUGAAAUUAUACUAGUCAUAUGCAGACCAAACGGUGAUAAGCUUUUUUUAUUACGUUUUAAGAGCUUUAGUGUAACUAAUUGAGCUUAUUUCCAGAAGAAUAUUAUUUUCUGAUUUCAAAAAGUCUGUACAGCAACAAUACUCUGUAUUAAUUAUUAUUAACCAUUCGUUUAUUACUGUCUUAGUUGCUUACUGUUGUGAGAGACCAAAUUAUAAAUAUUUUUGAAAUGUGUUUUAUGUGCCAUGCACUCAUACAAAUGUAAAAAAAGAAACUCUGAUAGUGUUUUAAUUUUUUUUUUCAAAUAAAUCACACAGAAAUUUGUUAAAAACAAUUAAAUUUAAAAUUUACCUAUUCAAAAUUUUUAAAAAAUUCGAUAAACAUUUUACUUAUUACUAAUGCAACUUUUUUAAAUUCUUAAAUUAGCUAUUUAUUGCCUUAUUAAACAUUUUUUUUAAUACUGUCAAAUGAAAUUUUUGCAGUUCCUUUGUUUAAAUUUAUUUCCAAAGUAUAUUAAUAUCAAUAACUGAAUCUUCAAUUUUGUGUACAUUUUAUUUCUAAAUCAAUAUUACAAAAAAAAGGAGGACAGUAACAAAUCCAAAUGUUUGAAUAUGUUAUUUAAAUAUAUAAUUUUAUAACAUGUUCGUGCAUUAUGAAUAGAAAGCAAAACACUAUUCUAGAGUUUCAAAACAUAUAUAUGCAGUACUAUCAGGUACUGUGUAUUUGCAUAUGUAUGCAAAAUUUGUGUUUGUGUCUUUUUGUAUAUACAUAUAACCGUACAUCUAUCUAUAUAUGAACAUACAUUCUUAUUUGAUUAACUUUUAACUAUAUAAAUAUCUAUGUGACUUUAAUAGAAUGUAAAUUAUUUUCAUUUUUUUUUUUUUUUUUUUGAAGAUGGAUUUAUUAAAUUUAAAACUUAUAGGAUUAUUUAAGUUGAACUAUUAUUUCUUUUAAUUAUCCUUUUUUGCUUUGUCAUUUUAAAUAGAUAUUUAUGUAAAAAAUGUGAUUGAAAAUAUUGCCUUUAAAUAACCUUUGGUUUAUGUUCUUUUAAUUACUAAAAAUUUUGCAGUAUUAUAAUUUUAAAUGCUGUAUUCUGUCUUGUAUAUAAGUUUAAAUAGCGUAAGUUUACACUUUUUAUAAAAUUUAGUUUUUAGUGAUUCUUGGUAUCAGAAGAGUUUCAUACUUUUCUUGUUAAUCGUCUUAUAACAUAAAAUGUCUAUUGUAAUUCUUAAAAUUAGAGUGAUCUGAGCUGUAAAAAUACUCUACAUGUCUUUCAUAACUAUGAUAUAGUUUAGUUGCAUGUGUUUUUAUGCAAAGGUAUAAAUUUAGAGAUAUUUUCCAAAAAAUAUGCUUAGAUAUUUGCAAGCAAAAAAAAUUAGGUAUUGGUAAAAUGCACACUUAUUACAGUAUGACAAUACUUCCAGACAAUUAUUAAACUACUCUUUCCUUAUCGAGAUUUUUUCAGUCAUUUGUGUAAAAAAAAGAAAAAUUUGUAUUCACAUAUAGUUUCUCUGUGCAAAAUGCAUUUUAUUGAUGACAAAAAAAAAUAAAUUUUAUUUUUGUCUUUA